AUGAAGGUCCCCACAGCCACCCUGGCCGCUCUGCUCCUUGUGGCCAUCUGCUCCCCAGCUGAGACCCACACAGACACCAUCCCCACCGCCUGCUGCUUCAGCUACAUGAGCCUCCCCAUCCCGCGCAGAUACAUCACCUCUGCCUACAUGACCAGCAGCGCAUGCACCCAGCCGGCGGUGAUCCUGGUCACCAAGGCAAAGAGGCAGAUAUGCGUGGACCCUCAGGCGCGCUGGGUGCAAAAGUAUCUGGAGCACCUCCAGAUGCUGAAGAACUGA